ACUCUGAAGAAUGGAAGAUUUCUACAACACAACUUCACAGAACAGCAGCGAUGAAUACGACAGAGAGAAAUUAGAAAUCCCACAUGUCAUGUAUGUGAUAGAUUGGAUCGUCAUCUCCAUCGGCCUUCCUCUGACCAUACUGGCCAUCUAUGCCCUGUAUUCUCUGGUGAGAAAAGAUCAUGUUGCUCCAAUCUACGUCAUCAACCUCCUCAUCUCUGAUCUCAUUCAGUUCUGCUGCAUGAUCGUUUGGCUGACAAGACCUGAGGAAAUUAUCAUCUUUUUAUCUUUAUUUAUUUAUAACAUAGCUCUGGCGGUCAGUGUCGGCUUCAUGACAUGUGUCGCUGUGGAAAGGUAUCUGGUUAUCGCCUGGCCACUGUGGUACCGUUUCAAACGGAGUAUCAAGGUCUCUGCUGUGGUGUGUGUCAUGGUCUGGGUCUCUGCAUUUAUCACUUUGUUGAUUAUCUUUUUAGGAUCUUAUUUCUCGUUCCUGCUCUUCUCCUCCAUCUACCUCCUCCUUCCCUUCCCCGUCCUUAUCUUCUCUCUGGCUGGGACCUUCAAAGCACUAUCUGCUGCCACCUCAGUCUCCUCUGAGGAAAAACGCAGAAUCGUUGGAGCUUUGAUUCUGGUGUUGUUAAAUUACACAUUGUUGUUCCUUCCCUCACUCAUUCAGCUCUUGUCUGAAAAAGCCAGAGAUGAUGAAAACUUCAGCAUCCUGUCUCUUUCCAUAAUCCAGUUCAGUCCUCUUGCAGACUUGGUUCUGUAUGUCUUCAUGAGGAAAGGGGCAUUUGACAGGCUGUUGGCCUGUCUGUGUUGCCGCAAUUCAGAAACACAACAAACAUCAGGUCAGACCAUCACUGUCAGUGAUGAUGUCGAGGCUUAACCAUCACUUGAGGUCAUCAUCAGGAAAAUGAAACCUGUUUCCCGGACCCUUUCCCACAUCCCUGAUAAAAUCAAACCUCUCUGCCAUACAGUAAGUCCAAAAACAAUAAACCACUCCCCUCAGUCUCGCUUUGGUCCAUCUGCACUUCAAACUGCUGUCAUCAAACUACUUCUUAAAAAACCCACCCUGGACCCAGAAAUGUCUGCCAACUACAGACCCAUCUCUAACCUCCCGUUUCUCACUAAAGUGCUGGAAAACGCUGUUGCCAUUCAGCUUCAGGACCAUCUACACCGACACAAUCUAUUUGAAAAAUUCCAGUCAGGUUUCCGUUCCACCCACAGCACAGAAACAGCUCUGGCCAGGGUCACAAAUGACCUUCUGAUGGCGGCGGAUUCUAGCUCUCCCUCCCUGCUCAUACUCCUUGACUUAACUGUAGCGUUUGAUACCUUGGAUCACUGCAUCCUCCUCAGCCGGCUCCACUGUGACAUUGGACUGUGUGGUACU